CUAGCUCGCUCGCCUUUAAUCGCACAUUGAACAAACAUUCAAGAAACUGCAAAGCUGAAAGUGACAAGGCUGCUCGCGCGGUUGGCGGGGAAAGGAGAAUCAGUUAGCAACAUAACCAAUCGGUGACGGCAAGCCCCACGAUUCAACACAAAAAGAAACUAGCCCAUUUUUAAAAACCUCUCGUAUAUAAUAUAGACGGCUACAGUUUAAAAUCCUGAUCUGGAUGAGGAAAUGAUUUCUGGAGCAUUUUGUGCGUGUCUCAGUUCCUGCGGGUGUUUCAAGGGGUUGUGAACUAACAGGACUAUGAAGUCUGCAUGAGUCCCUGAUAUACCAGCUGAUUUGUUUAUGGAGCUUUGGGCAAGGGCCAGACCAGUUCCUCCGCCCCCCUGCGGCUUCCCAGGCGAUGGUGCUGCCCCCGGCCCAGGGAGGACCCCGGCUGCCCCGGAGAGGCUGACCCAGGAGGAGGAGGAGGAGGAGGCUUGCCCCGCGAGCGCCCGGGCUCAGUACUAUGGCUGUGUACUGCUAUGCGCUCAAUAGCCUGGUGAUGAUGAAUAGCAGCAACGAGGUGAAGAGCGGCGGUAGCCGGAGCAAGACGCCUCCUCCCCGGGGGCAGGUGCUGCAGGUCCCGGAGCCGCACGGCGCCUGCUGCCCCACGCUCAGCCCGGGCGCCGGGAGCCCCGGCUGCCCCCGGAGGAGCUCGACCUUCCUCUUUCCCCCGGGGGAGCAGCCGCCGCCAGAGGAGCUGGGGAGCGCCAGGACUCCCGGGGGCAGCAGGCGGCCCAGCAGCCCGAGCUGGCUGGGAAGGGAAGAGCCGUCGCGGCCCCGCCACUGGGAGCUGCAGAACGUGCAGGUGAACCAGAAAGUGGGGCUCUUCGAGGCGCACAUCCAGGCGAGCAGCUCCGCCACCCCACACCUCAAGAGCCCGCGGCUGGGCAGGAGAUCGCCGACCCCCAUCCCGCCCCGCCGCAGCCGGCCCCCCGGCGGAGACCCACGGGAAGCGCCCAGGAAGGAGGAGGAGAAGGUCCGGACAAGCCCCUUUCCCUGGCCGGCGGCGCAGAGGGGGAUAGCACAGGAUCCAGGAGAGACAGGGAGGAGGCGUGAGUCCCCCGGGGCGCAGGUUUCCGGGGAGACGCAGAGGGGAGGUGGGCACUGUGAAGCGCAGAUUGCCGGGGAGAUGGAGAGGGGGAGCAGCACUCUCGGAGCGCGUUGUACAGAGGAGAUGAAGAGGGGCGGUGGGAUGCCCAGAGAGCUGGGAACGAAGGAGAUGGAAAAGAGCAGCGGGUCCUGCGAACAGGAGGGACCGGAGGAGACGGCGAAGUGGAGCGGGUCCCCCAGGGCUCAGAACUCAGAAGUGAUGGAGAGGGGGAGCAGUGGAGCGCGGAAAUCAGGAGUGAUGGAGAGCAGGGAGUGGGUUCACCCAGCGCAGGGCUCGGAAGUGAUGGAGCGGAGGAGCGAGUCCAGUGGAGUGCGGAGCUCAGGGGUGAUGGAGCGAGGUGAGGGAACCCAUAGCGUGCAGGAUUCUGGGGUGAUGGAGCGAGGAGAGGGGACCCAUAGCGUGCAGGGCUCUGGGGUGAUGGAGCGAGGAGAGGGGACCCAUAGCGUGCAGGGCUCUGGGGUGAUGGAGCGAGGUGAGGGAACCCACAGCGUGCAGGGCUCUGGGGUGAUGGAGCGAGGUGAGGGAACCCACAGCGUGCAGGGCUCUGGGGUGAUGGAGCGAGGUGAGGGAACCCAUAGCGUGCAGGAUUCUGGGGUGAUGGAGCGAGGAGAGGGGACCCACAGCGUGCAGGGCUCGGGGAUCAUGGAUCGGGGCAGGGUAGCCCUAGAAACUCAGGGUUCCGCAUCAACAGAAGAGGGGAGCGAGAACUGCGGAUUGCGAGGCUCGGACUCUUCAGCUGCCCCGGAACAAGGGAGGGGUGAAGAGCAGCAUUGUCCCCCCCGGACUGGCUGCUGGGGGGAGCUUGGGAGUCCACUGGCCUGGGCUGGCUCUGUGGAGGAGCUGUGCCCAGUGCCUGGGAGCUCCUUGGGAGCAGUGGAUCAAGCCUGUGCCCGGCUGCAGCAGGACCACCUUGGAGACCGUCAGCUGCUGGUGACGGCAGCACUCACAGAACAAAAGGGGAAACCCCCGGGGGAGGGCUGCUGUGGGAGCAGCAUCCCCGCUGUCAUCAUUACUGACCUAGGGGGUCAGGAGGAAGAGGCCGGGGAGAGCCCCCGAGUGAACAUGCCCAUCAGGAAGCUGUCUUCCUCUUCCGCUUCUUCCACUGGCUUCUCCUCAUCCUGGGAAGAGUCUGAGGAGGACAUCUCCAGUGACCCCGAGCGCACUUUGGAUCAAGCCCAGCCCUUCCUGCAGACCCUGGACCAGCACAAACCCAGAGUGAGCAAGUCAUGGCGGAAGAUCAAAAAUAUGGUGCAGUGGUCUCCCUUUGUUAUGUCCUUCAAGAAAAAGUAUCCUUGGAUUCAACUAGCAGGGCAUGCAGGUAGCUUCAAGGCUGCAGCCAAUGGCAGGAUACUCAAGAAGCACUGUGAAUCUGAGCAGCGCUGCUUGGACCACUUGAUGAACGAUGUCCUUAAGCCCUUUGUUCCUGCCUACCAUGGGGAUGUGGUGAAGGAUGGGGAGCGGUACAAUCAGAUGGAAGACCUGCUGGCUGAAUUUGACUCCCCCUGCGUUAUGGACUGCAAGAUGGGAGUCAGAACGUAUUUGGAGGAAGAGCUAACAAAGGCCAGAAAGAAGCCAAGCCUGCGGAAGGACAUGUAUCAGAAGAUGAUUGAAGUAGACCCCAAUGCCCCGACCGAGGAGGAGAAUGCCCUGCAUGCAGUAACCAAGCCCCGAUACAUGCAGUGGAGGGAGACCAUUAGUUCUACAGCAACCCUGGGAUUCAGAAUCGAGGGAAUAAAGAAAGAAGAUGGCACAGUGAACCGGGAUUUCAAGAAGACAAGAACAAAGGAACAGGUCACAGAGGCCUUCAGAGAAUUCACUAAAGGAAACCGUAACAUUCUGAACGGUUACCUUAAUCGGUUGAAGGGGAUCCGUGACACCCUGGAAACAUCGCCAUUCUUUAAAUGCCACGAGGUAAUUGGGAGCUCCCUCCUCUUCAUUCAUGACCAAAAGGAACAGGCCAAAGUCUGGAUGAUCGACUUUGGGAAAACCACACCACUGCCAGAGGGACAAUUCCUCCAGCACAACGUGCCGUGGGUGGAAGGGAACAGAGAGGACGGCUACCUCUGGGGGCUGGACAACCUCAUUGAGAUCCUAAUGGAAUUGUCACAGAGCGAGGACCUGCAUUAAAGCCAUAUGGCCAACUCCACCACUACCCAGCAUCCUGCCCCCCAAACUGACUCUUCUGAACUGCACUACAAGACACUUUCCAAGGCCCCCUUGCCCAUGUUAAAGCUAUAACUUUCCUAUUUAAGGUGGUUUUUAGUUUUUGUACAUAUGUAGAUCACCUGCCAGAACAAAUGCUGAACUUGAAACCUUGGCUUUGCUCUAUAGAUGGGAGCAGAUCGUGUCGCUCGUCGCAGGCGCCUGAGCAGCGAGCAGCUGUGGUCUGGUUGGCUAGGUGAACGCAUGCGCUUUCCAUAGCAUUUCUGGCUCUUAGUCAAUCUCUUUUGAACAAGAACGUACGUAGUGAGCAGUUGUGCAGCUGACGCGCCCUCCAGUUGAACAAAGAUGGUGUCCGAACCCUGAGUUCUGUUGCUCCUGAACUGUGUAAUUAAAGCCCUUCCUGCUAAGUGAAUGACAGAAUUUAUUCAGCUGUAAGGAUCAUCUGUCCUCUAGUGGCUGGUGUUGGUAACACACCAUCCUCAAAGCAGUCAAGGCUUCAUAGCUUUUAGAUUGCCAUUUUAAGUGUCUUAGGGUUUAUGGAAUAAGGAAGACACAGAUUCUGGAGAAGGUGAAGGCAGGGAUACCAGAUUGGGAGCGGUUUAGUUACGUUUAAUAACAUCCUUCGUCCUAGGAAGCUAGAGGUUUGGAAUCCUUAGGAGAUCUAGGUUUCUCUCUCUUCGAGCAACCUUGUUACCCACUUGUGAUUGUUCUGUUAUUUUCGAGUGGCCAUUGGAACUGCGAAGUCUGUUCUUGUCAAUAACCAAGUUUGGUGUGACUGUGGCUCUUACUAACCUAUUUGGUGCUGGAUGAUGAGCUUCCCUCUAACCACUGAGGUGGGCUGGCGUUGUCAGCUGUAGAUGUUUAUCAUGGGCCUGUCUUCAAAUUGAAAUCGCCUUUGAGCAACUUAGCAGUAGGGCAAUGUGCUGGCAUGUGAAGAUCUGAGACUGAUGCUCAGACCUCCUAGGCCAGCACUGACUGGGAAUACUGUGGAACCAAUAGUCUGAACCAAGACAACAAAGAAGAGAUUUCUCUUCUGUCUCCAGCGAUCCUGCUCCCAUUAUAGGAGCAACUUCCAGCCCUCCUAACCUGGGAUGGUGGCCUACCAUGUGUCUUGAAGCCUCAGAUGAGGCUGAAGGAGAGUGAAAGUGGCUAUAGAGACCAUUGUGAAACUUUAAAAAGGCUUCAAUGUUGGAGGAUAUUUCCUAGCAAUUAUCAAGUUAGCUGUCCUCUGCGCUGUGUAAGGCUAAUACUGCUAAGUGUGCAGAAAGGGAUGGGAACCCCUGGUAAAUCUGGGUCAGAAGAGAGUUCACAAGGGGAGUGGUCUCCAUUAUUUUUCAAUGCCUUUGAGCAUCUUUUGUAGUAUCCUUGUUACAAGCCCUUACGAUUGGCAAAUGCCAGGCAUACUUAUGGGUUCUUCUAGAACCAGUCCUGGCUACAUCUCAAACAGAAUUGCAUUAACUGAUCUAAAAGGUUUCUUUCAUGUGCAGGGCCGGCUCCAGGCACCUGCCAAGCAAGCUUGUGCUUGGGGCGGCAGAUUCUACAGGGCGGCAUUCCACCCAAUCCUAGGGUGGCACGGCCACGGUUUUGUUUUGUUUUGUUUUUGUUCGCCAAUCCGGCUGCCCUGUAGAGGGCGGCGGCGCGGAGGAGGGGAGCGCCCUGCAGCAAACUCGGCACGGUAGCCUGCGUCCUUCCCUCCCCCCCACCGGAGCGGUGCAGAGCCCUCCUGGCAGGUGGCGCAGCAGUCGAGGUCACGUGGCGAGUGCCCCGCUGAAGCGCUGGCUGCCCCCCUUCUCCUUCUCCUCCCUGCUCCCUCCCCCUCCCCUUCGCUAGCCGGGGCUCGUCUGCAGU